CUCAUUCAACUACGUUUCUUUCUCUCUUUCUCUUUCGCUUCUUCGAGAGAAUUCCUUUCUAGGGUUUGCUCCGCUUCUCAUCUCCCCCAAGCUCAAUCCAUGGCGUCAACAGCGAUCGAGGGCGGGGCAAAGCGCAUGAUCGUCUUGAAGAGCUCCGAUGGCGAGCUCUUUGAGGUGGAGGAAGCGGUGGCCAUGGAGUCCCAGACCAUCAAACACAUGAUUGAGGAUGAUUGCGCGGAGAACGGCAUCCCUCUUCCCAACGUCACCAGCAAAAUCCUCUCCAAGGUAAUUGAGUACUGCAAACGCCAUGUUGAAUCCGUUGUUAAAGGUGCUGCUGAGGAUAAGACCGUCGAUGAGGAUCUCAAGUUAUGGGAUGCGGAUUUCGUCAAGGUUGAUCAGGCUACGCUUUUUGAUCUCAUUCUGGCUGCAAACUACCUCAACAUUAAGAGUCUUCUGGAUCUCACCUGCCAGACAGUUGCGGACAUGAUCAAGGGCAAAACUCCGGAGGAAAUCCGCAAGACAUUCAACAUCAAGAAUGACUUCACUCCAGAGGAGGAAGAAGAGAUCCGGCGGGAAAACCAGUGGGCCUUUGAGUGAAGGUCCUGAUGAUGAUCAAAUGCUUAACUCGGUGUAUAAUCUGGUUGUCUAUGGUGACAGGAAACUAUCCUUCUUUGUUUCUAUGUUUCUUAUGUGCCAGGAUGGUGUUUAGAUUUCAGAGGAUGUAUGGACUGAGGAUUAAUUUCCGGUGCCGGUUUCGGCACCAGUGCCAUGCACCUGAACCCCACUUUCAGACUCUUAUGCUUUUGAUUUCAGUUCUAUUACAUGUUUGAGUGUUAUUUGAUUGAA